UCCACCCAAGAGCUCAGGGCGCACGGGGGGCAGACCGGGCGCACCCCGGCCGGACUCGCAUGGACCUCCCGCGCCGCUGGCUCUUCCGGAUGCUGCUGCUCUUCGCGGCCGGCUCCGGGAUCCUCCUCACGCUUUACUACUCGGUGCCGCAGCGGUCCCUAGAGCCCCAGGCCCAGGCCAGGAACAUCAUGUCAUCUCGAGCAAUCUUUGAGCCCAAGGCAUCAAAUUCCAAAAGCAGAAAGUCACAGAGCCAGCUUUGCCAACACCCACUUUCCCUGGCCGUUCAGAAGGACCAACACUUCCGGGGCCUGUUUGACUUCUCCACCUCAGUGCUGUUGUGGGCCGGCCUCUUCACCCAAGAGCUCUGGAACAAUCUGAGCCAGCACAAAGUCCCCUAUGGGUGGCAGGGGCUCCCCCGUGAAGCUAUCAUCUCUACCCUGAGACUUCUCGACAAUCCCAAGAGCGCAGAGCUGUUUGAUACUUCCAAACCGCUAAGCUGUAUUCGGUGUGCCGUGGUGGGUAACGGAGGCAUUCUGAACGGGUCCCGUCAGGGUCAGAAAAUCGAUGCCCAUGACUAUGUGUUCAGACUCAAUGGAGCAGUGAUCAAAGACUUUGAACAUGACGUGGGCACCAAGACCUCCUUCUAUGGUUUUACCGUGAACACCAUGAAGAAUUCCCUCAUCUCCUACUCCAACCUGGGCUUCACCUCUGUGCCACAAGGGCAGGGCCUGCAAUACAUCUUCAUCCCUGCAAGCAUCCGUGAAUACUUGAUGCUGAGAUCUGCCAUCCUGGGUGUGCCUGUCCCGGAGGGCCCCGAUAAAGGGGACAGGCCUCACACCUAUUUUGGACCAGAAACCUCUGCCAGUAAAUUCAAGCUCCUGCAUCCAGACUUCAUCCGCUACCUGACAGAGAGGUUUUUGAAAUCCAAGUUACUAAACACACAUUUUGGAGACAUGUAUAUGCCCACUACAGGAGCACUCAUGCUGCUGACAGCCUUGCAUACCUGUGACCAGGUCAGUGCCUAUGGAUUCAUCACAAGCAACUACCAGAAAUACUCAGACCACUAUUUCGAACGAGAAAAGAAACCAGUGAUAUUCUACGCAAACCACGAUCUGUCCCUGGAAGCCUCGCUGUGGAAGAGUCUGCACAACGCUGGCAUCCUUUGGCUGUACCAGCGUUGACCCCAAAGUACCGAUUUCUUUGCUUCAAAAGCACUUUUUUUGACCUUUCAACCCUUGCAAGAGGCAUAACUCCCCCAGAGGGUACUGAGACAAGACCCACAGCCAUUACGUCACCAGAGCCUGUUCAAUGUAUGACACCCUUGCCUCAACAACUCUUCUGGCUUUUAGCCAGGGUAGGGCAGACUGCUUUGCAGAUUGUUUUAAAAUUGAACCUUAACACCCCCAAAAUGAGACAGUGAUCCUCACCAGCAAAGAGGCUGGUAGUUCAAAGCCAGCACCUGGUUCUGAGCAGCUAGGAACAUUAGAACCACUCCAGGCUAACCAGUGUCAAGCAGAAGCCCACUCCUAGCUGAAACCAAUGGCAUGUCAAGUCCCAAAUGCCAAAGCCAUUCAACCUGUGAGGACAUCUUAAGCUUUCUGAGAACUUGACAUUACUGCCUUGUGACAGACAGCAAAAACCAGAGGCAGAAUGUAAUUUGAGGCUAGCUAAUAGGGUAAGUGAUGGAUGACCAUUUUGUCCUUUUUUGUGUGUUGAUUAGUUUGGAGGGAUGGGUGAGGUGCAGCUCAGGACUGUGACCACCUAGGCACAAGCACCAAGGCCCAGGUUUUAAGCACAUCCAGCACCAACGUACGGGAGGCAGUGCACACAAGCUGCCACUACUGACAGUGCUACUGGAGAUCUACCACUCCUUGUCACCAACAGGACACCAGACUGACAGACCCUCAUCCCCAUAUCAGAGAUUCAAUAAACAUCAAC